GUGUCAUUCACAGGCUAUUCUGUGUUAUUGUUUACAGUGUGACACAGUGACUUCUGCUGUGUCAUCUCCGUCUACUUUUACUAGAUUUUUUAAAUUUAAACUUCGUUUUAGUUUCAACAUUCUGCCUUGUGUUUGUUACCGUAACGAUAUAUAUACAAAAAUAUCAACCCGUUUGCUAGCUAGCUACCGUUAAGCUAAAUAGUCAGCUGACUUUGAAUUAAAAUUUAAGCAGAAUUAGCUGUGGUUGCAAUUUAUCUUUCUAAUGGACCAACGCGACAAUUUCCCAGUGAAACUCUACAUCUACGACAUAUCCAGAGGCAUGGCCAGGCAACUGAGUCCGGCCAUGCUAGGGAAACAGCUUGAUGGAAUAUGGCACACUGCUGUUGUUGUCCAUGGUGAGGAGUACUUCUUUGGUGGAGGAGGCAUCAGCAGUUGUCCACCAGGCGGCACUGUUCUAGGUGACCCGGACUCCAUAGUGGACCUGGGCAACACUGAGGUCACUACUGAGAUCUUAAUUGACUAUCUGACUUCACUGGCAGAGUCCACAUACAGAGGUGACAAGUACAACUUGUUCGAGCACAACUGCAACACUUUCAGCGGCGAGGUGGCUCAGUUCCUAACGGGCAGAAAGAUCCCAUCGUACAUUACAGACCUUCCAUCGGACAUAUUGUCCACGCCAUUCGGCCAGGCUCUCCGUCCCUUCCUGGAUUCCAUGGCCAUAAAUCCUGGAGGCAACAACAUAUCCGGACAGCGAUAGAUAGAUAGGACUGUGCACGUUAAAGACAAUGUUUUUAUUCAAGGGUGUUAAUGUGAGUGAGAUGUUCACCACCGUCCAUCUCCACUGUCAUUACUGGACAGUUUUCUACACAGUACAACUUGAUGUUGGUGUGUCUCAAAUGUAGAAGCUAAGGGAGGGGAGAUGUAGGUAUGUUUGAAUGUGUAUAUUCAAAUAAUGGGGCCAAAAUAUAUUAUAUAUAUAUAUAUAUAUAUAUAUAUAUAUAUAUAAGAAAAAUUAUAACAUUUAAGAAACACUUAAAUCCUUAUGUCCUUUUUCUUCUAUGGUGCUGUUACUGUUCAUUGAUUUUGGAGGUAACAACAUAUUUAUACUUUUUAUUGCCUAAAGCAUGUCUACUUGUCGGUAAUAAUAAGUGCUUUUAAAUCCAUGGAUACAUUCACAAGGCUCAUAUAUAGGUUAUUAUGAUUCACUUUGUAAUCAAUGUUUUAUUUGUGCACUGAACAAUAGGGUAAGGAGUUGUAAUAACGUGAUUUACUGAAGUUAAUAGAAGCUUAACUCACACGAUCAUUGUCCUAUUUGUAUUUAAAAUAUAAUAAAGUAUUUAAAAUAUA